AUGGAUACAAGCAGCGAUUCCGGCAGUUCACCCACAAAUCAGCCUGUGGUGCCCUUCGCGCUUGGGCAGGUGAAAAAACUGUUUCCUAAACCUCACACAAAACAUUUACUGACAUCUAAUAUUCAAAAUAAUGAUCUUAAAAAUAUAUUCCACUGACACAAGAAGCCGGUAAAUGUUAGCAAAUUUCCACUCCUUUUUCAAAAACACAAGCGAAUUUAAAUUCUAUGCUCUGAUAAAAAUACGCAAGGAAAUGAAGUAAGACCGACAGACUGACUGACCGACUCACUAAAACUGACCGAUUCUCUAAUCGGGUGAUUUACCGAGCACUUGACAACGCGGCCGAGCAGCCCGAGUGACCAACAUCAACUUUAACCAAUGAAAAGAAUGUUAAAAUCCUAUAAUUUUUGUUACGUCUCACGGCAACUCUCCUCUCCUUCUUCCAAAUUUUAGUCGCUCAGAAAAGUUCACUUUCCCUUUUGAACCUCAUUCACACAAUUUAUUCCAGCGUAUGUCUCAGUUUAAUAAAAAUGCUGAUUCUCUCUAACUUACUAGGGGUCCAACGCCGCGAACCAAGCUAUACGCCAGGAAAAUGAUCACCAGGCAAAUCAAGCCAGGUAAGACACUAAAAACAGUCAUGUCUAUAAAGAACUUUACUAUACAAAUUAUCAUCUCCACCAUAUAGUACCCACCCUAGCUAACUUACUGGUAGUAAUCACAAGUUAUCACAGAAUAGGGAGGCGUAUUCGACAAAAAAUCGAGAAGGUAGGUGGUGAAAUAACCUGCUUUCCGGAACAAAUGAACAGUUUCCUAGCCGAAAAUGACACAUUGACAAAGAUAUCAUAAAAAGCACAAUUAGUUGUAAUGUUGCCACUGCAAGAGGCCAGAUCAUUCCGACCAGUUUACAGUGACAAACGUACGUUACACUAUGCACAACAACGUCUAAUUAAAAGUCAUAGUUUCACUUGCACUUAAGGGCACAGCUCUGCUGACACUAGCCUUCAAUUCGGCGUAUUUUUAGGGCGAGCAAAGGCUGCCUGCUACUGAUGAGUUUUUGCACUACUCAUCUUUCAUUUUAUCGAUGACGAGAAUGGAAGUUAACCGACUGUUUUACAUAUCUUUCAGGUAUGGUCUACCAAAUAUGAUAGCGGCGUCGAGUCAUGCUCAACCACAGGUGUAUAUGGAAUCUUCUAUUUCAUUCAGUAAACAAGUAACAAAAGCAACGUAGCUAAAACCAUAAAGCGAAACUUUCGCUCUGAGGUGGUAAUUUUUUGGGUCAGAGAAGAUUAUGCAUAUUCUCGAAAUGCUGCGUAGUCUCUGCACAUUAGAACGGACUUGUCAGUUCAAUUAGUUCUUAUUUUCCUAAUUUACUUUAGUUAAGGGUUUAACCGGUUCUUUUGUUUCUUCAGGCUAAUGAUGACAUGCCGGAUCCUGUGGCAUUUUUCCUUUUCUUAGUCUUUAUUAUCUUAAUAAAAAAUGAUAACUGA